UAAGAUUCGCUAAACUGUAUCAGAUUUUGAACAUUGAAUCAUCGAAUGAAUCAUCGAACGAUUUAAUCAUUUUUUAACCGGCAAUGUAGCAAACUUUCCUCACGGUAGACAAUAAAACAUUAGCUUAUCAUCUCGAUAGUCUAAAUAUCAUUUCGAAAUAAUUCUGGAACAUGGCAACGUUCACAGUCAAAGAAUAUUCAUUUUAACUAAGUUAAACUCAGCGAACGCGUAUGAAGUAUUGAUGACACUAUCGAAUGACACAUUUAACGCCAUCAAAUAUUUUGUACUUAUGUACUUUUGUACUACUUUCCUAUACAAUGUAGGAAACCAUAAUGAACUUUUAUAUGAUAAUAAAUAUAUAAUUACUAUUUAAUAACUGCAUCUUGUUAUCUUUAACAGGAAAAGUUUCUUGAACGCAUUUCCAGGGGAUUAAAACUUCAAUUCGUAUACCGUGGAAUUAAUUGAAGUACCGUAUCAAUUCCCAAUCUUUGAUUAAUAUUAUUUGAACAUCGAAACAAAAUUGAUCGUUGAAACAAACGUGAACGAUACGCUGACACCUUCAAGAGACGAAUAAAUAGUACCUGUCUAAUAUUAAGAAGUGUGUCCCCGUUUAUCCGAUUAAUUGACCCCGUUACGAUUAAUUUCCAUCGAGUCGUAAGGAACAAUUCAAAUUAAAGUGGAAAAAUGGGUCGAGCUUGCAUGGAUCUUUGGACGAGCAUCCAUUUUGUACUGAAGACUGUCGUAGUCGCUCUAAUGAUCAUCGUGGAAUUUUUAGUUUUCGAUUGGACCACGAAACAAUACACUCGUUUCGUGUAUCUCGAAGGAUAUUACAUAAUCGUUCUCGCUCAUUUGAUCAUCGUCUUAUACGGAUACACUUGGUUCGACGUGUCCCCGAUUUUGGAAAUCUUAGUAGUCGUUUCGUCCACGCUGAUGUUGAUCUUCACAAUCGUUUCGUACAUUAAAGACUACAAUUCGAAGUACGUAGUGGGAAAACGGGAGCAAGAACAGUUCCUGAUUUUUGUUAUACUGACUAUAGUUGGAGGCGUACUCCUUAUCAUCGACAUGAUUUUUCUCAUACUGGGAGCUCUAGGAAAAGGUCCUAGCUUCGCCAAAAGGGCCGGCGGUGGUGAAUAAACCUGCCCAAGUAUAUCGCAGUCGAAUGAAAAAUUAUUAUAUUCGUG